AUGGGAACUGAAUUGCCUCCUGAAAUACAGAAUAGGAAGAAAGAAACCAGCAGAAGGUCUGCUGCACAGAAAAAGCCUUUGUUAACUGUAACAGAGAUUUCUGAUGAUGGCAGUGGUAAUGAUAAUGACGAGAACGAUAUGAGUGAUGACGAUUUUGAUCUAGAAGAAGCAAUAGCACCGGAAGAGACAAAGAAGAGAGGAAAAAAGGCAACAAAAAAUGUGAAAGUAGCCAAACCCCCUGCAGCUGCGAAGAAAAGAGGGCAGGCUACUACGCAGCAACCUCAGCUAAGGGGCCAGAAGCUGAUAACAGAAGUUCUGAAGCCUGCUGAGAAUUCAGGGAUUUCACCAGAGAAAAAGGUGAGGAAGAUGAGAGCAUCUCCAUUUAACAAGAAGAGUGGUUCUGUGUUGGGACUGAUUGGUAAAAAGGAUGAGGAAAAGGUUUCAGCAGGAAGUGAAAAAGAAAUGGGAUCUGCUUCUAGUUCAGACAGUAUUGAAGAGAUGAGUGAAGUCAUGGCUCCAAGAGCUAGAACAAUGAGGGCAAACCGCGGAAAGGCAACUUAUGUUGUGAGUGAUUCUGAAAGUGAUCAAGCUACUGAUGAUUCUGACUUCAAUGAAGAUGAAGAUUAA